AUGCAGAUCACAGGACUCAAUGCACAGAGCAUCAAUGCAAUGGCCGACAACGGACGGCUCCUUUCCUCAACUGCUGAGGUGGUGGUCUAUACGGAAACUGCUGCUACAACUUUUGUCCAACAGAAAGUUACAAAACUGGCCCAUCAGGCCAGGAAGCACGUGACCUUCGGCAAGGAUGUUGGCAAGCGGGUUUUCAAGGACCACCGGGACUGCAACACCAAAGGAAAAUCCUCUGGAGCUGCCAUAUUGUCGAAGUUCCCCCUCCGGGCGACUACCACCCCGUGGACAGAAGAAGCUUGGAAAUCAUGCCGGGUUGCUGACUCUUUCAUCAUUACGGAGACGGGCCCGAUCCUGGUUAUUGCGUUGUAUGGAUGCCAUCAAAACAUACCAGACGCUGAAGCUAAGAAUGAAGCCUUGCUACGCGAGGCUGCAGCAAGGUCCCGACUGAUCAGGUGCCCUACUGUUCUGGUUGGCGAUAUUAACUGUGACAUUGAUGCUUUGGCGGCCUGGUCCUUGAUGCAACAAGAAGGUUGGAAAGAUGGUGCAGCUAUGCAGCACUGUAUGGAUGGGUUACCCAUCCAGAAAACUUUCAAGGAUAUUUCCCGCUUGGAUUACAUCCUCUACAAUGACCUCGCGGCCCCGGCAUUUCGGUCCUUCUUUGUGUCGGAACAAGCGGAGACAGACCAUCGUUCUGUCAGUGCUAUUUUCGAUUGGGGGGCCCUCCCUAAGGAGAUUUCAAGCUUCAGGAUGCCGAUGGAUUUACGGGAUGCAGGCCUCUCCUCAGCAGAAGUACAACACGCAUACCUACCGGCCGGAUCCAGGGCCCGCCUGGAGAGCAGCCUACAUUGUGGUGAUGUGGAAGAAAUCUGGUCAGCCUUUUGCCAGGGCUUCGAGGACUCCAUGUCAUUUGCUCUACAGCGAAAGAAUGGUGCUUGCUUGGACAAGAAGUUCAGAGGAAGGGGCAAGGGCUACUUCAACAAGCAGCCAUACCUGGAACACCGGACCCCACGGGCGCGCCAUGGCGAAUUUCAGCCCUCUGGAGAUGAUGACAACGUGGUUUUGCGACAACGGAUUAGGCAAAUCCGCCGUCUGGAAACCUACGUGGCGCAGUCCAAGGCCAGGAAUGCCUUGGCUGACCCCGGGAGGACGGAAUUGGCUACCCAGGCUGCCCACCGAACAUGGCGAGCUAUUCUCUGCUCCUCGGGCUUCCCAGCGUCCUUUCAGCACUGGUGGUUGCAGGAGCACUCAAGUUGCUUUCCUCUUUCACCACCAGAUGUACAGGUGGCUGAGGUCCUCCUUCAAACACUUAAGAAUGAUGAGGUUCAUUGGAGAUCCUUGUGUACCAGGAACCGGCAGGCUAAGUUGACUGAGCUUUUCAAACAAGAUUGGCAACAAGGAGGAGCUAAGCACUAUCGGGCAAUCAAGCCACCUGGACUCCCAGUUGUUGACUCAUUGGCUGUGGCAUCUGACCACAGAGUGCAAUUCUGCAGGUCCCGGAAAAAGGGCUUGGACGCGUGUAUGCUUUGUGAUGAUGAGCUCCAGUGCGUUCGUAUUGGUGCAAAGUGGACACAGGGCAAAGCCAAAGCGUAUGUUUCCCAUAUUGACAAAGGGAAAAUCUUCCUUCGACACGUGACUGGGAACUUCAGAAAUGGACUGGUGACACAAUCGAGAGUGACUGCAAAUCCUGUUGAAAUUCUCAAGGAGGCAGAAGAUUACUGGAAGGGCUACUGGAACAAUCCUUUUCAACCGGACAUUACUGACACUGAGACCCUGGAUUCCAUUGCUCUACUCCCAAGACUGGACCAAAUCGAUGCAUCUAUUUCGGCGGCUGACCUCGAUUGGGCUAUAUCCAAGUUGGCUAUCAAAAAAGCAAGAGGAAUGGAUGGUUUUUCGAACUUUGAGCUCAAGUAUGUUCCAAUUGAACUCAAGCCUUAUCUGGUUCGCAUCCUCAACCUUUUCACGACGGGCACUUGGCCUAAGGCCCUUAUGAAAGCCAGAAUGGCAUUGCUCUACAAGACUGAAGAACUUGGACAAGUGGCUUCCACCAGGCCUAUUACGAUCUUGGCAUCGGUUUAUAGGCUCUGGGCAAAGAUUGCGACCAAGAAAAUUUUCAAACACAUUGGACCACACCUUCCUCGUACAUUGUAUGGUUCUGUACCUGGUCGUUCUUCCAAUGACAUGGUCGGUUCGGUCCAAAUGCGACUAGAAAAGGCUAUCAUCACGGGCCAACCCUUGUUUGGGGUGUCCUUCGAUUUCUCAAAGGCCUACAAUACCUUGCCAAGAGGAAUCCUUCAACUUAUCAAUCAGCGCCUGGGUUUGGAUUCGAUCUGGACCCCGUAUUCAGUUUUUCUCAAUGGCUUGGAAAGACACUUCACGUGUGGGCAGGCAUGGGGACGGUCUACUAAGGCAACCACCGGUGUCCCAGAGGGUUGUCCUAUUGCUGUGGUCCAAAUGAUCAUGCUUACGUGGCUUUUUACGGCCACGGUCCGACACCGAUCACAUUCUGACAUGUAUUCUUAUGUUGAUGAUUGGAUGGUGCUUUCGGAGUCAUCCAACAAGUUGCAGAGCUCGACGAUUUGCAUUGAUGGUCUGUCGUCCAAGUUUGGCCUUAUCCUGUCACUCAAGAAAUCCAGUGUUUUCGCGACGUCCACGAAACUGGCUAGACAAGCUCAAGGGUUGAUGAAUUCCCAAGGCAUCCCCAUUGGAAUGGCGAAGAAUGUUCAAGGAUUGGGUGUUAACUUCCAGACUGCUGCUACCCCGUCUACGGCGUCCAGAAAUAAACGAUGGGAUAGAGCCAAGGUGUUGCUGGGCCGCCUCCAGUACAUGCCCUGGUCACCGAAGAGGAAGACUGACAUUAUUUGCAGGGCGAUUCUGCCACUGGCCCUUUUUGGCUGCCAGAAUUGGUAUGCUGGAAAAGAUUUUGUCAGUGAACUGAGAGCGAAAUGUAACCACGCUGUCUGGGGGAAGAUCCAGUAUCACUUGCAUUUCCUGUGCCCCAUCUUCUCUGGUACUCUUUAUGAGCCUCAGUUCUAUCUGGUCAAGACGCGUUUUCAUGCUAUGCUCAGGGCUUUGACGAUGGAUGAAGAGUUGGUCAAGGAGGUUUGGCGGCUAUCUUGUGAAUCCGGAUCCUUUGUCAAACGAAAAACCAGAGGUAUGAUUUCCAUUCUGCAGAAUCAACUCCAUGACCUUGGGUGGGAAAUCAAACCAGAUGGACAGUGCUCUACCACCUCGGGAUGGUGCUUCAGCAUUUGGGACAUUUCGGUGGCACAAUUUCUUGAGAUUGCUUGGGAAUCUUGGGAGGGGCGCUUACUUCAGUACCUGCACACCAAGGAACAUCUGGGUGACUUGGUUUCUUUCUCCUCCACCCGCAGCUCCUAUCCGGAACCCAAGGAUCCCAACAUUAAGGCCUUCAUGAAGAAGGCCCUGCUGGACAUGGGGCUCCAUGAGAAGGCCGAGGAUGCGGCCAGUGCAGGCAUCGCCGUCCAGGCCAACAACACUCACCUCGCCCGCGUGCGGCGGAAGGCCCGCGAGGCGAUCGCCCUGCGCCGGCUCUGCGGCGUGGAUUGGGUGGGGAAGAUGGAGAACGGAGUGGAGAAGAGAUACUCUUUCUCCCAGGAGGGAGAGAUGGCCAUGACGGUCGUCGGACACACACUGAAGGCCGCCUUUGACUUGAGCGUUGAGUGCACUCCGCAGUCAAUGGUGGUGAAGAUGCAGCCUAUCGCUGGCAGUGGCAGCGCGCCACCACCGCCGGUACCGUACAUCUACAGCUUUCACGACGACGACAAGGUGGAGGAGAAGCAGACGUGGUGGCAGGAGCAAGGCAUUCAAAAUCAAGCUGUCUUCCGCAGACGGAAUCGCUUCUUUGAGAUUGUGAAUGCUGGAGUACCUGGCGUCCCUACAGAUUUCAUGAAGGAGCCGCUUCUCUCUGGAAAGAUUACGUCAAUCACCGAGUACAGAACUCCGCUUUAUCAGCUGGGCCUGACGUGCGACAGCCUGCCGAUCUACCACACCUACAGUGUGCUUGAGGUGAAUCAUGGGGAGUUUCAGCUCCUCAUUGAGCGAUCAUCCGACAAAAUGGUUAUGAUAUGUUAUGAUGAUCGGAAAAGGCGCUGCCUGCAAGGAAUGGAUUUGGCAAUUCAGGCCCGAUGGAAGCAGCAGAGUGAGGGACCGGCCCAAGAUAGUGAAGCAGGCCGCGACUCCUGUGAAGAACCAUGUGACAGUCCAGACUUUCAUGGCAAGGAAGAGUGA